AUGCGGUGGCCGUGGCCUCUGGCCAUCUCUCUCGCCGUGGCGUUAGCGGCGGGUCCCGGCAGGGUCCCCGGGGGCGUCCGCCUGCGCCGGGGCGGGCGAGAGGCCGCGACCCAGGAGCAGCCGAGCCGGUCCAGGCGUGGCACCGAGGAGGAGGAGGAAGCCAAAUGGGUGCAGCAGUACGUGCCCCAGGAGUGGGCUGCGUACCCCCGGCCCAUCCGCCCCACCGGGCCGCAGCCCACCGAGCCCCAGGUGGCCGCCAGCGCCCACCCGGGCCGGGCCGUGGUCCCUGGGGGCGGCGGGCAGGAGCCUCGGGGCAACACGACGUGGAGGCCGGGCCGGCGGCGGCAGAUCCAGAACCCGCUGUACCCGGUGACGGAGAGCUCCUACAGGGCCUACGCAGUGCUGCUCCUGGCCCUGGCGCUGUUUGCCGUGGGCACCGUGGGCAACCUGGCGGUCAUGUGCAUCGUGUGGCACAGCUACUACCUGAAGAGCGCCUGGAACUCCAUCCUCGCCAGCCUGGCCCUCUGGGACUUUCUGGUCCUCUUCUUCUGCCUCCCUGUCAUCAUCUUCCACGAGAUCACCAAGCAGAGACUGCUGGGUGACGUGUCUUGCCGGGCCGUGCCCUUCGUGGAGGUCUCCUCUCUAGGCGUCACCACCUUCAGCCUCUGCGCCCUGGGCAUUGACCGCUUCCACGUGGCCACCAGCACCCUGCCCAAGGCCAGGCCCGUCGAGCCGUGCCCGUCCAUCCUGGCCAAGCUGGCGGUCAUCUGGGUGGGCUCCACGAUGCUGGCUGUGCCCGAGCUCCUGCUCUGGCAGCUGGUGCAGGAGCCGGGCCCCGCCGAGGGCCCCGUGGACACGUGCGUCAUGAAGCCCUCGGCCCGCCUGCCCGAGUCCCUCUACUCGCUGGCCUUGACCUACCAGAACGCCCGGACGUGGUGGUCCUUCGGCUGCUACUUCUGCCUGCCCGUCCUCUUCACGGUCACCUGCCAGCUGGUGACGUGGCGGGUGUGGGGCCCACCCGGCAGAAAGCCGGGCUGCCGGCCGGGCCGGCGGGAGCAGCGCGAGGGCCAGCUCAGCAGCACCGUGGUGGGCCUGACCGCCGUCUACGCCCUCUGCACCCUCCCCGAGAACGUGUGCAACGUCGUGGCCGCCUACCUCCCGGCCACGCUCACCCGCCAGACCCUGGGCCUCCUGGGCCUGGUCGGCCAGUUCUCCACCUUCCUCAAGGCGGCCGUCACACCCGUCCUCCUCCUGUGCGUGUGCCGGCCGCUGGGCCGCGCCUUCCUGGACUGCUGCUGCUGCUGCUGCUGCGAGGGCUGCGGCGCGGCGGCAGCCACCGACGGCCCCGAUGCCGAGCUCCAGACGGGGCUGUCCACCUCUGUCUACUUCCACAAGCCCCGGGAGGCGCCACCGCUCCUGGCCCUGGGCACGCCCUGCUGA